CGCACUGGAGAAUCGAUCGGAUGCAUCCGAUCAGUGGGUGGAAGGGUGGAUGAAGUAUCACACGCCUACUAUUACAUUUCGUAAAAACGCCGAUGGUCAGGUAUCGUCUCCUCAAAGAGUUGUAGAAUCCAGAAUUAACAAUUUUCAUAAGAAAAUCUAUCAAUUUCACACUUCCUAUUGUAGCAGUUAUGGGCGGCGACAGACUGGAUUACUUACUUCCCUCGGAGGUGUAUGAUACACAUGUCCAUGUAUUCGAUAGUCAAUUAGGGCCUUAUGAUCCCGCUAGAGCCUACACACCUGAAGAAGCUCCCCUAAGAAGCCUACAAGGCUUUAGUGCAGGAAUCAGCAGCACUGGGCUCCCAGCCAACUUGGUUCUAGUCCAGCCUUCACCUUAUGGCGUCGAUAAUCGUGUUUUGCUUGCAGCAUUGCAGAAAUUACACAAGGACGGAUCGCGGAAUUGCCGCGCCAUCGCAGUAUUUGAUCCGGAGUUAAUAUCAGACGCUGAAUUGGGCUAUAUGCAUGAACUUGGCGUUCGUGGCUUGAGAUUGAAUCUGCAGGCAUCGGGGGGAGAAGUCAAUCACGAUGCCCUAAUCAAUGCGCUGGAAGUUGCUGCAGACAGGAUAAAGCAGAUGCCAGGCUGGAAGAUUCAGAUCUACUGUCCCGCGCAAACAUGGGAUGUGAUAUAUGAUACGAUAAUCAAUCUUCCAGUUGAAGUUAUCGCAGAUCAUUUUGGAGGGCUCAAGGGUUCCUCCAAAUUGAAUACAAUCACUGACAACAAAACAAACGAAAACACUGCGCUCGAGCAGCUUGGUUUCCGUUCCCUUCUCAAACUAGCAGAGAAAUCGCGCAUAUACAUCAAAUUAUCAGGAUUCUACCGCGCAUCCAAUUUGAGCGAGACCGGUUACAGCGAUCUUGCUCCUAUUGUUCGUACUCUGGUAAAACGAGUGUCCGAUCGUCUUGUAUGGGCCAGCGAUUGGCCGCAUACCGGUGAAGGAAAGGAUCGCAAACCGGAAGAUGCCCUCAAUAAAACAGAACCUUUUAGAAGUAUAGAUAAUUUGUUGAUACUAAAGAAAUUAAAGGAGUGGGUUGGAAACGAUGAGGCUUGGUGUAAGAUUAUGGUAUCUAACCCCAAAGCUCUCUACGCCUAGGAGAAUACUACCUGGCAAUCUAGAUCAUAAUUGGAUGUUAUAAUGCAACUUGAAACUCUCAAUUGUGUAUUGUAAGCAAUCACUUAAUUUCUUAGUAAUUGUAAUGUAACUCUAUAACUUGGUUAUUUUCUCCCCAAAUCUUGUAGAAUUUGGUUCUGAGGCAAUUUCGGACCCGAGCCGGCGACUAGAUAAUUUGAGCCAUCGGAAGAG